CGUCAGGCAGCCAGCCGGUGAACUGUGCGUUUGCAGACCGUGGGAGGCGGGAGGGCGGCCUAGGUGUGCGCGUCUGCGUUUUGCUGUCCCGGAAGGAGAACUGCGCGGUUGAGGGGACUGGGGAUCGAGCAUUUUAGAUCGGCUUUGGUAAACCUGGUUCACCACCAUGCUGGCCGCAAGACUUGUGUGUCUCCAGGUUCUACCUUCCCAGAUUUUCCACCCAGCUUUCACCAAGGCCUCCCCAAUUGUGAGGAAUUCCAUCAGGAAGAAUCAAUGGCUUUUAACACCCAGCAGGGAAUAUGCCAGCAAGACAAGAAUUGGGGUCCGACGUAGUAGAACUGGCCAAGAACUCAAGGAAGCAGCAAUGGAACCAUCAAUGGAAAAAAUAUUUAAAAUUGAUCAGAUGGGAAGAUGGUUUAUUGCUGGAGGGGCUGCUGUUGGUCUUGGAGCAUUGUGCUACUAUGGCUUGGGAAUGUCAAAUGAGAUUGGAGCAAUCGAAAAGGCUGUAAUCUGGCCCCAGUAUGUCAAGGAUAGAAUUCAUUCCACCUAUAUGUACUUGGCAGGAAGUAUUGGUUUAACAGCUUUGUCUGCCCUGGCAGUGAGCAGAACUCCUGUUCUCAUGAACUUCAUGAUGAGAGGCUCUUGGGUGACAAUUGGUGCAACCUUUGCAGCUAUGAUUGGAGCUGGAAUGCUGGUACAAUCAAUACCAUAUGACCAGAGCCCAGGCCCAAAGCAUCUUGCUUGGUUACUACAUUCUGGUGUGAUGGGUGCUGUGGUAGCUCCUCUGACGAUAUUAGGGGGGCCUCUUCUCAUCAGAGCUGCAUGGUACACAGCAGGCAUCGUAGGAGGCCUCUCCACUGUGGCAAUGUGUGCACCGAGUGAGAAGUUUCUGAACAUGGGCGCACCCCUGGGAGUGGGCCUGGGUCUUGUCUUUGUGUCCUCUCUGGGAUCUAUGUUUCUUCCACCUACCACUGUGGCUGGUGCCACUCUGUACUCAGUGGCAAUUUAUGGUGGAUUAGCUCUUUUCAGCAUGUUCCUUCUUUAUGAUACGCAGAAAGUAAUCAAGCGUGCAGAAAUAGUACCAGUGUAUGGAGUUCAAAAAUAUGAUCCCAUCAAUUCGAUGCUGAGAAUCUACAUGGACACGUUGAAUAUAUUUAUGCGAGUUGCCACUAUUCUAGCGACUGGGAGCAACAGAAAGAAGUGAAAUGACUCAGCUUCUGACUUCUUUAGUGUAUCAGACAUCUUGCUUGUUUAAUAGGGGCAGGUAUUCAUUAAUAGUUCAAGCAGCUUUCGUUGAAGUUUAGAAGAUAAGAACUUGUCAUCCUGUUUGAAAUGUCCCAGUAAUGUGAUACUUCAGGUCUGCUUUUCUUCUGGAGAAUAAAUUCAGUAGUUCUCUGCCAAAUGAGCACACACA